AUGCGUUCUUCACAUAGCGGUAUUAUUGUCAAGCGUCCAGAGCAAUACCUAGCAAUUUACUCGAGCAACUACUGCGAACUUAAUGUGAAUUCCUUCGGAUUGCAUCGGAGUCGGGUCGUCGGGCCCGCGCUUGCGGUAAAGAGGUUUACUGAAAUUAUGUACUUCUUUGUCUUCUCUCCUGCAGAUGAGAUCCAACUCAUAUUUGUAAACAACUGCAACAGCAGCAUCUGGCCUGGCACACAAGGCAGUGCAGGCAAUAUCUCUCCGCAGAAUGGAGGCUUUCAUCUCGGCGUAGGCGAAGAGGUGACCUUCAACGUGCCCAAUGGCUGGUCUGGAAGGAUAUGGGGUCGCCAAGGCUGCUGUUUUGAUGAACAAGGGAAGGGAUUUUGCCAAACUGGUGACUGCAAUGGCAAUCUGUAUUGCAAAGGCAGUGGUGGAGCGCCGCCAGCCACGUUGGUGGAAAUGACAUUUGGAACUCCUCAAUCUCCUCUCCAUUACUACGAUGUCAGCUUGGUGGAUGGUUUCAAUCUUCCGGUGACGAUGGCUCCGGUGGGAGGCGGGGUAGGAUGCGGCAUUGCCGGCUGCGAGGUGAACCUGAAUGUAUGUUGCCCUUCCAAGUUUGAAGUCAGGGUGGGAGGGAAGAUUGUUGGCUGCAAGAGUGCAUGCUUGGCUCUUCAGACAGAUAAGUAUUGCUGUACUGGGGAGUUUGGGACGCCAAGUUCUUGCAAGCCAACUCUUUUCUCGCAUCUAUUCAAGGCCAUAUGUCCACGGGCUUACAGCUUUGCAUAUGAUGAUCCAACAAGUUUGAAUAGAUGCAGGGCCUCUCGUUAUGUAAUUACCUUCUGUCCUCCCAGAAAAUGA